UCAUGAAGUUAACCUAUAUUAAUUUUUUUUUAAGUCUGAGUAAAUCAACGUAAAUUAAAAUCUGACCUUUAUUCUUUUUCUAUGGUUUGAUUAUUUAUAUGUAUAUUUUAUCAUUUUUAUUUAUUUUAUGAAAACGUAAGGUGACACAAUUAAAACAUAUACAGGAUUGAAAUGUCGUUUCUCUCUGAUCCUAGGUGUAAACAUAUAAGUACACAGGACAUACAAGUAUGCAAAAACAGAACAUAUAAGUACGCAACAUAGUAAGUACUCAAAACAUAGUACACAGUACUACAAAGUAUGCAGUGGAUAGGAUGAGUAGUGCAAAGUAAAGGAUUGAACUGCACCACUGAUUGGAGACAUCAUCUUCAUCAUCAUGCUAAUGAUGAUGAUGCAGAAGUGGGCGGGGUCUCCAGCUGCUGCUAUUAGAGUGAGGAUCCGGCGACCAUCAGCAGACUGGAGCUCAGACCAGUCCCGAGGUGCUUGUGAACAACUUUGGCAGCAGAGCAGCAGGAUCAAGAUGACCUCUCUCUCUAUUGGCUGCCUCAGUGGAAACUCUGAUACAAUGCACCCCUGUUUUUUAAGCUGCCAAGCCACAACCUGCAUGGAUUCCCAGAGCUGAGGUUCACUAAAAUGGAUCAGAAACUUGGAGGAAGAAUAAUCGCAGCCUUUAAAAUUGCUUUGUAAUGUGUAUUUAUAAUAAUGUGCAGAUAGAUGUUUAUGAAUUAAUUUGUUUCCCACCCAUCAAAGAAACAUUUUCAACAUUAAUUGUUAGAAAGUGUGUCAAUACUUGAUUUAAAGUGCAAUCAGGAAACAACAGCCCUACUCUUCAAAAUUUACUUUUCAACAGCCACAUUCAAACAUGGCUGCCACCAUGGAAGUGGCAGAUAUCAUAGUCGUGGCAAUCUACUUCGUCCUGGUGCUGGCGAUUGGCUUCCUGGCCAUGCGGAAAGCCAAUCACAACACAGUGAGCGGCUACUUCCUCGCCGGGCGCUCCAUGAAUUGGGCAGCUAUCGGAGCUUCCCUGUUUGUCAGCAACAUAGGAAGCGAGCACUUUAUUGGACUUGCUGGAUCCGGUGCGGCUAGCGGGAUAAGCGUUGCUGCAUGGGAGUUAAAUGCCCUGUUAUUGCUCCAAUUGUUAGGCUGGCUGUUCAUCCCUGUCUAUAUUCAGUCAGGGGUUUACACCAUGCCAGAGUAUCUGUCCAAACGCUACGGAGGGAGGCGACUGAAGGUGUAUUUUGCAGCUUUGUCUCUCGUCCUCUACAUCUUCACCAAGCUGUCCGUGGACCUCUAUGCUGGAGCCUUGUUUAUCCAGGAAUCACUGGGGUGGAACCUCUACUUGUCAAUCAUCCUGCUCAUCACCAUGACUGCUUUGAUGACAGUCACUGGAGGUUUGGUCGCCGUCAUCUACACGGAUACAGUCCAGGCUUUCCUCAUGAUCACCGGAGCACUGUGUCUCACCGGCAUCAGCCUCGUCAAAGUGGGAGGACUUGAAGGGGUAAGGAUCAAGUACAUGCAGGCGUCGCCAAACAUCACUGCCAUCUUGCUGUCUUCACCCAAUCUGACGUAUUCGGAAUCCUGCCACCACCACUUCAACCCAAAACCAGAUGCAUUGAGGAUCCUUCGAGGACCAAGGGAUCCAGACCUGCCUUGGCCUGGGUUUUUGCUGGGCCAGACUCCUGCCUCCAUCUGGUACUGGUGUACAGAUCAAGUGAUUGUACAGCGGGUUCUGGCAGCCAAGAACAUCGCCCACGCCAAAGGUUCGACCAUCAUGGCCGGCUUCCUGAAAAUCCUGCCGAUGUUCAUCAUAGUCAUCCCAGGGAUGAUUUCCAGGAUCCUCUUUGCUGAUGAGUUGGUGUGUAUCAGUCCCGAGCACUGCAUGGAAGUGUGCGGCUCUGCGGCUGGCUGUAGCAACGUGGCUUACCCGCGGCUCGUCAUGUCGGUGAUGCCCGUCGGCCUCCGCGGCCUGAUGAUGGCUGUCAUGAUCGCAGCUCUAAUGAGCGACUUGGACUCCAUCUUCAACUCAGCGAGCACCAUAUUCACGCUGGAUAUUUACAAGAUGCUACGGAAGAAGGCGUCAUCAAGAGAGCUGGUGAUGGUUGGAAGACUGUUUGUGGUUUUCAUGGUGAUCAUCAGCAUUUCGUGGGUACCCGUCAUCAUUGAGAUGCAGGGAGGCCAGAUGUUCUAUUACAUCCAAGAAGUAUCAGAUUACCUGACUCCACCUGUAGCUGCUCUCUUCUUGCUUGGAGUCCUGUGGCAUCGCUGCAACGAGACGGGGGCCUUCUGGGGUGGGAUGGUGGGCUUCACAAUCGGAGCGCUGCGCCUGGUGCUCGCAGUUGUUUACCGCGAGCCACUCUGUGACCAGCCUGACGAGCGGCCGUCUUUCAUCAAAGAUGUCCACUUCAUGUAUGUGGCGGCCAUCUUGUUUUGGGGGUCAGCUUUAGUGGCUGUUGUUGUGAGUCUCUGCACUGCUCCACCCACAAAAGAACAAAUCAGAACAACUACUCUGUGGGGGUUGAACAAGAGAAAGAAGCUAAAACAGCAAGAAAAAGAAAAUGCUGAAGAAGAAAUCCAUGCUUUGAAGCCUCUUUACCAUGCAAACCUGAAUGGAGACAGUGUUCUUGGUAAAGGAAAGUGCACAGACAACCUAAACAAGCACAAUGGCAUUGAAACCAAUCAUGAAAAUUCUGAAUCACUUACUGUCACAGCUACUAACAUAGAAACCCACCAUCCAAUCCAGAAUGGUUGCUAUACAGUGAUUACUGAACCCAAAAUGGCAGAAGGAGACGGAAGAGGAGAGAGGGAUGAGGAGGAGGAAGAGGGGGGCUGCUUUGAAGCAGGAGGAGCGGAGCCUGGGAGGUGCAUGAGGGUUUUAGAGUGUGUGUGUUGCUUCAAGGAGAACGGAUCUGGAGAUCAAGUCGUUACAGCUGAGGAACAGGAGAAGAUGGUGGAUGAGCUUCUCCAUGAACCUCGGCGAACCAGAAUCAUCCUGAACACAGGGAUGGUGGUUAUUUGCUCUGUGGGCAUUUUUUUGUUCAUCUAUUUCUCCUUAUAGGCUUCAUCAACUCCAAACCGUGGGCCUGGGUAAUGAAUUACUUUCACACAUUAGCAAAACACCCAGGAAAGCUUGAGCACCCCACAUUCUCCUGUGAUUUAUCAUGUACUUCAUCAACAUUAGUAAACACAUUAUCAUUCCUUUGCUUGGCCAAACGAUACAUGUGUCUUCCUAUCAGGGCAAGUAAACUACUGAGGUAGAGGUAACCUAAGGGGCUUUGGUAUAUGUCAGGUGCUUUGCUUACUGGCAGCUGCUCAGCCAAUGAUAUUGGUGCUCAGCUUGCUUUUCUCAGCCUAAUAACUAAUGCUAAUAACCUUGAAUAUUUCUGGCCACGUUUUACAGUUUUGUGCAGGGAAUUACUGAACGCACACAUUUUUGAUUUCGAACUUCACUUUAUUGGACGUGGAAUGACACUACAGUGCUGUAUGCGGACGUCAGAAUGUAAAUGCUGUCAUUGCGGAUAGCGUGCACUAUGCUAAGCACAGAUUGGGAUGCAUGGUUGGUUUUAUGUGUAAUUUUGAUAAAUAUAUAUUUUUGGGAAAUGUGACACACUGCAUUUGAAACAGGUAAAAUCUCAAAUGAAUUUAUGAUUGACUGUGACUUAGUAUAUUCUUCUAUAUUCUAUAUUCUAUAUAUAAUUUGUCCCCAUGGGGAUGUUUUCACGAUAUGGAAAUUCAUAAUGAAUGUAACUUUGCCUUUUAAUUUUACUGGGCAUGUGAAACUCAUCCUAUUGUGUUUUAUGUUUUUUUUUUCAUGUUUUGUACAUGAAAGAGCAGUAAUUUUCAACUGGACAUAUAAUAUUGGAGAUGAUACCUUGUUAUUAUAGUACAUGAGUGAUGUAUUCUACAUGUGUUGGUGUUCAAACUGAUGGAAUGUUUCCUGAGCUUCACAAAAUCAGCAUUUAAUGUGAGCUUAUCAUGUUUUUUCUACUCUUUGUACAACUCGAGCACUGCCUUCCACUCAAAUAGUUUUUAUGAAUUCAAAGGUGAAUUGUGAUGUUAUUAUGUUUGUUUGUAAGAAAUGUUUUUAAGCUGUGGAAAUGAAACCAAAACUAUAAAAUCACCUCAGUGGUGGUUCAGAAUGAACUCUAGGAAAACAGGCCGAGGAUAUGCACUACAAAAAGGUACAUUAUAAUCUAUGGGAGACAGGAAUGUGUCUUCCUGCAUUUGUUGGUAGGGUUUUUACACCAUCUGUUUUUCACAAUUUAAAAUAAAAGGUUGGAACUAC